AAGAAGAAGAAGAAGAAGAAGAAAGGCAUCCUGUGAGCUCGUGCUUUCUUCCGGCUCGGUGCUAACAACAAGUUAAGCUAGCAGCUCAGACGAGCAGAGUUACCUGACGUCAACACUUCAGCCGAGCUGCAGGCACAUCUGAUUGUUAAACACCUCCAACAUUUUGAACUUGUGGAAAUGGCAGACCCUACUUUUCAUAGAGACUGUCCCCUUGACUGUAAGGUUUAUGUUGGGAAUCUCGGAAACCAUGGGAACAAGACGGAGUUAGAAAGAUCUUUUGGCUACUAUGGUCCUUUAAGAAGUGUAUGGGUUGCGAGGAAUCCCCCCGGCUUUGCUUUUGUAGAGUUUGAAGAUCCCAGAGAUGCAGCUGAUGCUGUGAGAGAAUUGGAUGGAAGGACACUGUGUGGCUCUCAAGUGCGUGUCGAGUUAUCCACUGGGGAGAAGCGCUCUAGGAACCGUGGCAUACCUCAAACCUGGAAUAGACGCCCACGGGAUAAUCUUAGGCGACGUAGCCCUCAAGUUAGACGAAGAUCACCAAGGAGGAGGUCCACCAGCCGCAGUCGCAGCAGGUCUCUUUCAAGAGACAAGCGCAGAUAUCGGUCUGUCUCCAAAGACAAGAACCGUAAACGUUCAAAAUCCCUCUCACGAUCAGGGAGUCGUUCCCGGUCUAACGAAAGGAAGUGACCUCAAUCUAUGGCUCCUCUAAAAAUCCAGCGUCGGUUAGGAUCUGCCUUUUAUUCUUUUUUGUCCUGUUGGUCUUUAAGAUUGUGUUUGCCAGCUCAAGACAGUUCAUGGUUGGCCAAGACUCAUUUCGUGCAAUAGCAGUCUUUUCAAUAACCAACAAAGGACUGAACUUUUUUUUCCUUUGAUGGUUCACAUGGUAUGGUUUGCCCAUUUUACUGAAACACAUUUUUUGCCUUGGGACUCACUCUAUAAAGCGUUCGAUAAAAUGUGGUACACUGCAUGUUCUGAAAUGGAAUUCUGGGUAGUUUUGCAUUGUCAUCCUAUUUUUAAUGGUUGGAUUAAAGUUUGUGUGAUGUUUUAAUUUUUUUUGUCUAUUUUUUUUAUUUUUAUUCUUGGUCAACUUUUAAAAUACUUUCAAUGGGUUACUGUGAGCUGUAUCGUUAUGUAAGGAGCCUACUUUAUACCAAUGACAGAAAGCAGAUGGGAAACAUGUAAAUAUUGGGGCUGUUGCUUGCAGGCUGUUCUUAAAGCUUACCACGUGUAAAACUGUAUUUUUCUCUUAACUUUUGCAAAAGAAAGCAUUUACGCCAUUCAUCUUAGCUGGAUUCUUUGAGCUCUGACAGUUUGUCUUGAUGCAACUUGUUCAAUAAAUGUUUUUCCAAGGUAA